UGAAGUCUCCUGGAGCGCUGUGGCCCCAACGUGCGCAGGAUGGACCCCGUUGUUCUCAGUUACAUGGACAGUUUGCUGAGGCGGUCGGACGUUGCCUUGCUGGAACCCCCAAACUGGCUUAACGAUCACAUCAUCGGGUUUGCCUUCGAGUACUUUGCCAACCACCAGUUUCAAGAAUUUAGCGAUCAGGUUUGUUUUAUCAGCCCCGAAGUGGCUCAGUUCAUUAAGUGUGCCCUUAGUCAGGAAGAAAUAGCCAUAUUCCUUCAACCUCUGGACCUUCUCCACAAGAAGCUGGUGUUCUUACCUAUCAAUGAUAACUCCAACCAGGUCGCUGGGGGCACCCACUGGAGCUUGCUGGUUUAUUUCAGGGACAAAAAGUGCUUCGCCCAUUACGAUUCCCACAGUAAAUGCAACUCCAUCCAUGCCAAGCAAGUAGCAGGGAAGCUGGAGGCUUUCUUGGGAAAAAAAGGGGGCAAAGCAAGCUUUGUGGAGGAGAAGGCACCUGCCCAGCAGAACAGCUAUGACUGUGGGAUGUACGUGAUCUGCAACACAGAGGCUCUGUGUCAGGGAUACUUCAGGGGUUGGCCGGAGCCUCUGCUACAGCUCCUCACCCCCUCUUACAUCACACAGAAGAGAUCAGAGUGGAAAGCUCUCGUCACGAAACUGGCACAGAAGUGA